AAGCGGUGUCUUCUUUCAGUGGCACUUUCUCGCAAGUGAGAGCGUCAUAUGUAGAAGGGAGGGGAGAGGAUCUGGAAACCCUGUGCAAUGUCACACUGAAGUUUCGAUUCAACCACUUUUCAAAGAACGGAAGACAACGGCAUCGGGCUAUUGUCCCCAACAGCACUUAACUUAAACGGACUGGUGCGGUGCCCGCCUGAUUGAAGACGAGUUUUGCUCGGCCCCUGUAUACCCGGACUGACUUUGUAGGGAGGGGGGGACCGUGGACAGCUAUGGGUGAAGUCUCCUGGAAGCACGGACAAUGACACUUGGAGCAGGAUGGAUGUGGUAGCAGUGAAGGAAAUCUUGUCUCUGGCAAUCUCAUGCUGCUAUUUGCUAUUCAUUUCUGCAGAGGUGAUAUCUGACAGCUACUUCAACACUGUGCAGAGUGCAGCUCCUUUGUCCUGCUCAGAGGGCUUCACCGAGCUGGGCUACUACAAUGGCUCCGUGUCCCAGACGGACUCGGGCUCACCCUGCCUUAAGUGGACCGAGUUCCCAGAUUACGUGCAGCAGUACCCGGGCCGGGGCCUGGGAGACCACAGCUACUGCCGCAACCCGGACCGCGAGUCCAACCCCUGGUGCUUCUUCCGCCAGAGCUCCGGCGCCAUCGGCUGGGCCUACUGCGACUGCCACCAGGGUGCGGCCAGGCUGGUGGGCGGUUCCUCCUCUAAGACCGGGCGUCUAGAAGUGUACCUAAACGGCCAGUGGGGGGCAGUGUGUGACACCCACUGGACGGAUCGUGAUGCCAGUGUGAUCUGCAGGCAGCUUGGCCUUGGUGAAAUUGGCACGGCGCUCCAGCACUCCUAUUUCGGCCCUGGCUCCGGACUCUUCCACUACGAACGUCUGGGCUGCCGUGGCAACGAGAACUCUCUCCUGGAGUGCCGGAGCAGGAAGUUCGUCACCAGCGACUGUAACCACGGCAACGAGGCAGGGGUGGUGUGCGCUCCGCCCGACGGCAACGGCGCCCCCUUGAGGCUGGUGGGCGGCCUUGAGGACUUUGAGGGCCGCGUGGAGGUGUACCGCAACGGCCGAUGGGGAUCCGUGUGUGACGACCAAUGGGACGACAUCGACGCGGAGGUGGUCUGUCGGCAGCUGGGUCUGGGGGGCAUCCCGAAGGCCUGGUCGUGGGCACACUUCGGGCAGAGCACAGGGCCCAUCCUGCUGGAUGGGGUGCAGUGCACAGGGAAUGAGCUCUCUCUGGAGGAGUGCGCCCACGGGGGCUGGGAGCAGCACAACUGCGACCAUAUGGAGGAUGCCGGCGUGUCCUGCAACCCCUACACCGACGGGGUGGUGCGGCUGGUGGGGGCGGACAGUCCCUGGGAGGGACGUUUGGAGGUGUAUCACUCUGGUGACUGGGGCACCGUGUGCGACGACAACUGGACCGAGCUCCACGCCCAGGUGGUCUGCAGGCAGCUGGGCUUCAGAGGGCGAGCGGAGGUGGCGCCGGACGGAGCGUACGGCGAGGGCUCGGGGCUGAUCCUGCUGGACGAGGUGCAGUGCGCCGGUACCGAACGCUCGCUGCUGGAGUGCAGGCACGCCGAGUGGGGGCGGCACGACUGCUCCCACAGUGAGGACGUGGGCGUGCGCUGCGAGAGGGGGGGCGAGACCAACGAGAUCCCGGGCGGCGCGCCGGUCACAGGUCCCCUGGUGCGGCUGGUGGCCGGGGAGAGCCGGAGGGAGGGCCGCGUGGAGGUCUUCAUGAACGGCCAGUGGGGGAGCGUCUGCGACGACGGCUGGAGCGACGUCAACGCGGCGGUGGUGUGCCGGCAGCUGGGCUUCAUCGGUGUGUCCAAGGCGCGCUCCAUGGCGUAUUUUGGGGAGGGACAGGGCCCCAUUCACCUGGACAAUGUGAAGUGCUCGGGGACAGAGGCCUCUCUGGGGGAGUGUCCCGCUGAGGGACAGGAUGCCCACAACUGCAGGCACAGCGAGGACGCGGGGGUCAUCUGUGACUACGUACCGGAGCCUGUCGGGGAUGGCACCGUGGCAACCCAGUCCUGUGGCCUGCGUCCCAACACACAACGUCGCAGAAGGAGGAUCAUCGGAGGGGACAAGUCAUUCAGGGGAGACUGGCCUUGGCAAGUCUCUCUUUGGCUGAAAUCUCAGUCUAAGGGGAACCAUCCACUGUGUGGCGCUACACUGAUCAACUCCUGCUGGGUCCUCACUGCAGCGCACUGCUUCAAGAGGUUUGGCAGCGAUCCCUCCCGCUACGUGCUCCGGCUGGGGGACUACCACACAGAGGAGCGGGACGACUUCGAGCGCAGCCUGUCCCCCGAGCGCAUCGUGGUCCACAGGAAGUACCACAGCCAGGGCUGGGAGUACGACAUCGCCCUGGUGCGGCUGCGAGGGGCGGAGGGCAACUGCGUGGCCUUCAACCCCCACACCAACGCCGCCUGCCUGCCCCCCGCCGGUAGCGCGCGGGGCAAAAGGCCCGCGGCCUGCAUCAUCACGGGGUGGGGAAUCACAGAUUCGGAGUACUCUCGGACCCUGCUGCAGGCGUGGGUGCCGCUGCUGCCCGCCUGGAAGUGUAAAAAGCGCUAUGGCGAGCGCUUCACCAGCCGCAUGCUGUGCGCUGGCAGCCUGUCAGACCGCCACCGCGUGGACAGCUGCCAGGGCGACAGCGGGGGCCCUCUGGUGUGCCAGGACGAGGGGGGCCGCUGGGUCCUCACCGGGGUCAUCUCCUGGGGCCACGGCUGCGGCGAUCCCAGCUUCCCCGGCGUCUACACGCGCGUCAGCAGGUUCCUGCGCUGGAUCGAGCAGGUCACGAACAGCCCGGCCAAGAUCUGACUCGCCGUUGGUCCUGCCCGUGUCAUGUGACUCUCGCGGAAGGGGGAGGGGUUGAGUGGGAUGUCUUUGGCUUUUGCUCCAGGCUUGUCUUCAUGCUCUGCACCAAAAACCCCAGCAGGUGACCUGGCUCUGUCUUUCCCAUUCAUAGAUCAGGCAUUUCAUAAUGCAAGAAUCUCGAGAAAUGCGCACAAGUUACACGGCCACAGAAUGCAAUAUUGAAGAAGGCUGUGUGCAUGUUAUGACUUCAUUACAGUGUAUGUACGUACAUAUGAACAUUAGCGUAACAGUAUGUUACGCUGUGAUGUUAUCCCGAAGUAGUGUAAGGAAACUUUUUGUUGCCUCUGAAAGGCAUUUUUGGUGCAGGGGUGAAAGGAGGCCUCGUGCAGGAGUCAACAGCAACGCCUGUGGACAGGACCUCUAUGGACGGGCAUUCCUCGAGGGGACAGGGGACAGAACAUACCCCUACGCAGGGCUGAACCAGUGAAGCUUCGCCUCAUACACAUUCCACGUCUGCAUGUAUUUCCAGUCUUUUCCAGCCCGUCCGCUCCCACUCCCUAAAACGACGCCAGACUGCACUCCGUGACCUGAGUGAGCUUGGAUGUGUGCGCGUUUCGAGGGCCUGGCUGGCCGGCGCCGGCCAUGAGGAUGGCGCUGAAAAGCUGAUGGUGUUGUACCGGGAAACGAGUGUCUCACGCCGUGCUGGUCUCAAAGUGUUAACUGAGGGCAGCCGUCACAAGCUUUGCUCGCCGUCCUGCAGGUGAACGCGGCCGUAGCGGAGCCUGGCGUUCCUUCGCAUAAGCCGUCCCGUGACACACAGUUCUCUCAGCCGGUGCGGCCCCUCUGGCUCAGCGACCCUGGCUCUCGUAGACAGGGGGCCACGCCCCGCCACAGGCUGUCCCCGGUGCGUGGCAGGCUUCCUCGGUCCAGGCUUGUUUUGUGGGAGGGUGAGGCCGCUGCCACCUUAUCAAUAGUGCAGGGAAAGAAGAUACAUUACAUAUUUUCUGCUUCAACUGGCUUGAGGCCCAGUGCAAACCACAGCACGCCGUCUGUAACAUAAGAGCCCGGUCUGUGAUAAGAGUGGCACUUAGUUAGAUAGUUAGUUCAAUGCCCCUUAAUGGUCGGGUCCGACUUGAAUGAAUCCUCUCUGAAUGCAAGCGAGCUUUUCCCUCUGAACCUUUUGAUGAGCUAUCAGUUGCAUUAUCCCCUCUGCGGCUUGGAUGUUUAGCCAGCAAACCCAGCCCUGCAGAUUUGUCUCCAUAAAGCAGACUGACAGCUUACAUUUACUCCAGGUGACAGGCUAUGUAACGUGGCCUGUGUGUAGCCGAGAGGGACAACAAAACUAGUAGCCCUUUCUCCGCUGACACCUAGAAAUGCCCCUGGAACAGUCAGCAUCCUACAGUCAUCAUCUCAAAAGCCCUUCUCUCUUCCUGAUGUGCUGUGCAACAUCUUUUCUUAUGGAUUCUGGAUUUUUUUUUUCUUUUUUUUUUUUGCAAUGUUACAGACCGCAAGAUUCCACUCUUCUCAGAGUGCUCUGACAGAGAGGUCUGACCAGCCGAGAGGCAGCACGUAUUCUAUUGUGAAACGUGAACUAGGAAGCCAAGCGUCCUUACUGGUGGCUCACAUUUCCUAAAUGCGUAAGGCCCCGUUCCCAUUUCAAUGCAUCGGUUCUAUUUACUAUUUCUGAUGGAGAUUACACUCGGGGCUCAGAGUCGUGGAUUUACGAGGGGCCAAUUCCACAUCAGGUCAAUUGGACAGAAGGAUGCCUGUCUCUGAUUGGUGAGAGCCAGUGUGUGCAUGCACUCUCCUCUGGCGGAAGGCUUUACACUUCAGCCCUUACAUAAUGACCAGACCAAUGAAACUGCAGUUGUCCGUGUCCAUCAUGACGACAGUUGCGAUCGCAGGCAGGUAAAACCCUAAAGCCCUUGACAGGGAACGUCUCUUAACUGGCCCCACUGUUACUACUGGUUACAAAACCACGGGCUGCGGAGGCGAGGGGCAUGUUUCGGCAGCUGAGCUGAUGUGGAAUGACCUUACUGAGGUAAAAUUGCACUCAGUUUCUGCUACAUUACAUCUUUUUUCAACGUGUCAUACUUGUGUCAAGGGCGUUCUGCUCCAUCUGCAGUGGUGAUGAUGUACAGUCAGGGGAGAAUGCGUCCAUUCUUGUGCUGUAUGCUAUAUUGUGAAAAGGCCUCUGAAUUCUAUAUAUAUGCCCCCAACUACCCUGAGAUAUGUGCCUGGUUUCUUUCUGGUCCUCUUCUGUCACUGUACAAGAGGGAGAGAGGCAGGUGUAAAGAGGUUAUCCUCAGAAUCAGAGACUUCUUCCUUCCAGAGGACUGAUUAUACAUAGGCUGGAAUUCAGUCGACAUUUAAUUUCUGACUUCCCCCCACAGCUAACUGAAAGUCUUACUUUUUUCCUUGUUAAUUUUGUUGAACCCUGAACUUGUAGAACUGUGUUGAUGAAGGAAAACAUUAACACUUGGCUUGAGUCAUGAGUCCGAAUUAAGUACAAAUAUUGAUUGAGUGCCAGCUUUAGUCGUGCAUUUGUGUACAUAAAUAUUAAUGUAUUCUGAAUACCUUCAAGUUCAUCUGCAUCUAUCUCUCUUUGCCACCAUUGUUCUCUUCACAAAAUGUAUAAGAACACAAUGGUUUUGGUCAAGUGUUUGUGUAAAUAUCUAUGCAGGAGGCAAAACACAUACGCACAGUUUCAUUGCUGUUUUGUUUUUGUCACUUAUUACAUCUGCCACCUCUUGUGAAGUAGCACUUUGUGUUCUUAUAGUAAACUAGCAUUCGCAGUUCUGUGACAGCUGUCCGUCCAUACAUCCAUCCAAGAUAAUGUUCCCUGGGCUGCAAAGCAUCUUGGGCAAAGGCGAGUCCAGGGCUGAGGCCGAGAGGAAAUGAUCCGAUCUGGAACGAUUUCCAGCCUGAAACCUGAGCUCCAUUGUCCAGGUUGCUCGGAGAGGGCCUCUGUCUCUCCAGGGAGCACCCAGGCCUCUACAAAGCAUCUCCCCCCAUCCCUCCCUCCCUUUGGCCCGCUCUCUCAUGCGAUGCGUGGAGGUGAUAUCAUCUAACCUCUCUACAUCUCUGGCCUCGGAAUGACCCAGGAAUCAGGUUGGAGUCGACACCCCUUGACGCGGCAUCUUGGCCUCAUCCCCAAGUGCAGCUCAGAUGGCCGACCUCCAGCAAGACCUUGUGACAUGCCUGGAUGUGACCGGGCUGCACAUUCCAAAACUGCGGGACUCCUGCUGGCAGCUGGACAGAGGCUCGGUGUCAGCACCCACAGCCCUGGAGCAAGCCUGAGCUUCAGAGGUUUCGGUUUAGGGAAGGGUUGCCCCCGUUACCCACACGCACCGUGGAUAUCCUGCCGUCUUGUCCACCCCUCCCGCGGACCUGUUUCCUGUCGGGGUUGAAGGUUUUUCCCUUGGUGCACUUCCGUCCAGGCUGCCACAAAGCCUCUGUCAGCCAAUGAGAGAGAGACAGAGAGCUCUGUGCUGCCUGAGACCCAAGCCUGUUGCAUGCUGUGCCACCAGCUGUCUGAAUGUGCCGUGGUGUUUGCGGUCAUCGUGCCUCGUGCUUCACUUCUGAUCUCCGUGGCUCUGUAAAAAGCUUGUCCAUGUAAGAAAGGUGACAAAUAAAGGUAACA